CAGUUUCUCAAGCUAAUUAAUUGCCUAUUCUCUCACCAAAGAAAGUGCUCACAAUUUUGUGUACAGAAAUUAAUGGAGAUGGAAAUGAUGUUGCCAUCACCAUCUGCAGAUUUCAACUUGGACGACAGUGCUUGUACUACUCCUUUUAUAAGUGCUCCUUCAAGUCCUGAACGUUUUGAUGCAUUCUUUUUCAGUCCUUCCCGUAUCCCCGCCCUUUAUGAAGAAACUAACGCUACACACGACGAUGAUUUUACUUUUGUAUUUAGUGGAUAUGAGUUGGAGAAAAGGUCAAUAUCAGCAGCUGAUGAGCUCUUUGAUGGAGGAAGAAUCAAGCCUUUAAGUCAAAAUGAUAGUCGUGGAAGGGAAAGAACUCAAAAUUCUUCAAACUCUUCAAGUCCCAGCAGCAGGCACAAAGCAACAAGAUCAUUAUCUCCUUUGAGAGUUUCUGAUUUGCUAUUAUUUGAUCACAAUGAAAACAUUGAUCAAGAAAACACAGAGACCUCUCCUACUGCUGCUUGUUCUUCUUCGGAUUCGUCUUCAGUUUCAUCAUUGAUAUCACUCUGGAACAGAAAAUGGAAGCUGAAAGACUUAUUGCUAUUCAGAAGUGCUUCUGAGAGUCGAGCAACUAGCAAUACAGAAGAGCUGAACAAGUAUGAGUUGGUGAAGAAAGCCCGUCAAGAAGAUGCUAAAUCGAAUAGUACUAAUGUGGGAGCAGCGGUACCGAGCUCGAGGAGGAGGAAGGUACCAAUUUCGGCUCAUGAGUUGCAUUACAAGAUGAAGAGGGAAUGGUUGAAAGAGAUGAAGAAGAAAACUUUCUUACCGUAUAAACAAGGUUUACUUGGUUGCUCAGGGCUAGAUGAUCCAAUUUCAAUGUACAUGACUCGUCGUGAAUAGCUCCAGUUGUCUCCAUAUGUAAUUAUUUGCUUAAUAUAGAAGAACAAAUGGUUUGAUUGAACAUCUUUUAAAGUAAAGUUCUCUAUUUUGUAUAUCGGAAGAAAUGAUUAGUUGAGUUCAAAGAGUAUAUAACGAAUCAGACAGCAAU